CGGCCCGCCACGCGGGGCUCGGGCCCGGCGGCCUGCGGCCCGCGCGGGGCGCCGCGCCCGAGGCCGCGGUGCUCCGGGCGUCCGCCGAGGCGAUCGACGGCUUCGUCCCAGGAGACCCGGCGAUGCCCUGGGCGGCGGUCGGGCCCGAGGACAUGCGGGACGUGCUCGAGGCCACGCGGAAGAGGCUGGCCGCCGCCCGGGAGCGCGCCUCCCACCGCGCCGACGACGCCACGCACCGGGCCCACCGGGCGCAGGACGACGCGCUCGAGGGGGAGAUCCCCGGCUUCUCCCCCGUGGUCGACUCGGCAAAGCAGGAGGCGAGCGGCGAGAAGAGCAGAAUCUUGGAGUCCCCGCUGAUCGGCGACAGCCUGGAGGUGACCCCCAACCUCCUCAAGGCGGCGUCCGACCUCGGGGCGGCGCAGGAGGGGCUCGACGCUGCCGCCAGGGCGCAGGCCCAGGUCGAGGCCCAGGUGGCGGCCGCCAAGGAGGCGGAGGAGGCUUGGCUGCGGAACACCGCGGGCGGCCGCUCGUGCGUCGACCUCCCAGGGGUGCGGCUGCGCAGCCAGGGCCCCGAGAACGAGUUCCGCCGCGUGAUGGAGAUCCCGCCUGGUACCCGGAGCUGAACAGCAGCCAGGCCUGCGCGGACUGGUGCAGGCAGCACGCCGCGUGCGCCGAGGCCACCUUCUCGCGCGUCGGCGUCCCCGAGGGCGGCGAGCAGUGCCGCCUCUUCGAGGCGCGCGGCGAGCUCUACGACUUCCGCGACGACUUCAACGCCUCGUGGUGCGGCGCCCUGGAGGAGGUGGACCACCUGCUGUGGGAGGUCAAGAAGUUGUUCGAGCAGAAGCCCUGGGUCGGGGACAACUACGGCGCACAUCCCUGCAGCUUCGGCGGCGACGACUGCAGCCAGACGAGGUGCUGCGGCACGCAGACGUGCGACUGGAGCUUCACCUCGUGCGAGUACUUCCAGUGCGUCAGGAAGGACGAGUACUAUGCCGGCUGCACAGACGCCCCGGAGGCCGGCUGGGACGGCGAGGUCCUCGGAGGAGGGCCCAACGAGGACGACCUCCCCCGCGCAGAGGAUCGGGGGGCAAACUGGUCCAUCCGGGAUCGCUCUUCUGCUUCACGGUCGUGAUGCCGGGAGAGCGCUCGUCUGCCGGUGUGUCCGAGAGCGAGUCCGCCCUGGUAGAGACCGCCCGGGAGACCAAGUCGGGCAUCUACUCCUGCGACGACCAGAUGGUGGUGGAUGGGUGGGAGGACGGGAGACGGGGGCGGCUCCGAAGCCAACAUAGACGUGUUCAUCUCGUACUGGAAGAAGGUGCAGAACGACGGCCGAUAUCUGCUGCACGACUGGCUCAUCAAGGCCGACGCCGACUGCGUCUUCGUGGCGGAUCGCGUGAAGGCCCGCUUCGAAAUAUUCAGACCGCCCGCUGGUGCGGCCGUCUAUUUCAGGAACACCGAGUUCAAGUUCAAUUUCAUGGGCGCGUUCGAGAUGAUGAGCCGGGAGGGUGCCCAGGUGUUCUUCGCUGGAGCUUGGCAGUGCGACGGGAAGAUGGACCACAAGGGGGGAGAAGACUACUGGAUGAGGUUGUGUUUGGAUACCCUUGGCCUUCGCUACAUCGCGGACCCGUCUCUACUGUACGACAAGUACGCCGCACAGAACGGGUGUGCCGAUGAACGGGCUGCGGCGUUCCAUUUCUACAAAACCCCGGAGACAUACAGGGAAUGCCUGGCCGAGAUUAGUCGAUGAGAUUAGCCAGGCGUGGCAGCUAAUAUUUAGACUAGCCUUUCUGAUCAAGAUGUGUUGUUGCCGACCGUGGAAGCCCCACCUUGCUUCGCAAGUGUCGCGGCGUAUUUCUUUAGAGUCAUUCUUAGGCUUUUCAGCUCGACAUCCGUGACGAUGCGCGUGGCCACGCAGUCAGGGCCUUCAGUUCAACCUACGAGGUGCGCUUACUCGUACCGCCGUUGUCAUGUAACGUGCGGCACCUUUCGAACGGCAUGUUCCGGUUUUUUCUCGUCACACUACGUCCAGACAUGGUCUCUGGAAGGGUGUGUUUUGUUAUUCCUUUUUGCUUGUCCUCCUCCUCCUCCUCCUCAU